AUGUCUGGAAAAAGAAAAAGUUGGGUUUGGCAGUUUUGCAAAAUAUGUAAUAAUGAAAAAGAUGUUACUUGCAAUAUUUGUAAUGCCAUAAUAUCAUAUAAUGGAUCACCAUCGGCAAUAAAUAAACAUUUAAAGUAUGUUCAUAAAUAUGAUACAGUAACAGGGUCUACAGCUAUUGAAAUGGAUGAGAAUGAAAGUUCAAGAACAUCAAUUUGUACUGCUUCAUUAUCAAGUAGUUCUUCAGUAAACGCAGAAAUUUCUGAUAGUGCACAACCUACUAGGAAGAAAAGACGAAGAAAUAACGAUAACUAUAGUGCUGAUAGACAAGAACAAAUCUCCCAAGCACUUGCAUAUAUGAUUUCUGCGAAUGGACUCCCAAUUUCAUUUGUUCAAAGCGAUGGAUUUAAACACUUUAUGUCACUUGUGGAACCUGGGUAUCAAAUUCCCAUAGCUUCAACAAUAUCAUCCAGAUUGCAAUUGUUGUACGGUGAAUUGCGUACAAAAAUAAUGAAUUCUUUGAGCUCAGUGUCAUUUGUAGCUUUGACAACGGAUGGCUAG